AGGGAAGCGAGCGAGAGAGCCAGCGCGCCGCUCCCGCCUCCCCCGGCGGCCAAGCAGCCAAACUAUUUCGCAUCCAGCAUCUGCCCGGGCGUUGCUUCGCCCUCUCCCUCGAGAGACCACCUCGGCGUGGCUUCGGAGGCGCUUCCCUCCAGCCCCUCGCCCGCACUUACCCUUUGGCUUUGUUUUUAAUUGGACAGCCGACGAGCCUCCUCUUUUUUUUUCUUAAAAAAGAAAAAGACUCCAGCCUAAUCUCAAGCAAUCGCAUUAAGGCAAUUGCGGGGGGGGGUCGCCUGGACCCGGCCUCCUUCGGGCUCCUCGGAGAGCCACCCUCGUCCCCGCUCCAUCCCGUCCUCGCGCAGGGCUCGUUUUGUCUCCGAAAUCCUUUUAAGACUCUGCCCCCUGGAUUUCUCCUCUGGAUCGCUCGGCGGGAAGUCACGGCUUGGAGGAGUUUGCGAGGAAGGGGGCAGGGUCUGCGAGGAGGACGCGUGUGUGGCGGGGACACUCCCAGGGAAAGGGCUCUUGUUUUGUUUUGUUUGGGGAAAGGAUCGCCGUCGGCUCUGAAGCCGGCCGCCCCUCCUCCCUUGGAGAUCGGCUCAGGCUUAGCAAAGAAAGGGAGAGUUACUCGGUGGGGAUCGCACACACGCACGCUAAAGCACUCCCCCCUCUCCCCCCCCCGCGCUUUUGGGCGACUUUGGUACUUAGUGGUCGGCUCUGAUUUCUGUUUCGCUUGUUCACACUCCCGCCCGCGGGGAAACGCACUCACGCCCUUUUACGCCCUUCUUUCCUCGUUAUUAUGCCGUUGGACUAAGAUCGCCUUUUGGCUUCGCAGGCUGGAAAAACAAAAAGGCGGCGGCGGCGACAGUCGGGACUGGGAUCCGUCGGCGCCUCUCCUGCCCGGCUCAAUGAAAUCGGAUCGGAAUAAAAAGUGACUUUCCUCCACCCCGGAUUUAAAGGGAAGGAAGGGGGAGGGAGGCGCGCGAAUCUUUCCUCCCGAGCGCUGCUGCUGCCUUUUUCGUUCCCCGAAGCGGCGCACCGAGAGUCCAGCGGGAGGCGGACCGGCGAGCGCGCAGCCCGCGAGGCGCUAUGGCGAAGCUGGGGGGAGCCCAGGUGGCGGCGGGAGUGCUGCUACUUUUGCAGUGCUUGGCGGACCGGCUGCAGCUCAUCGGCGCCCUGAAGUCGAAGCAGAGUCACGGUGCAUUUUAUGAAAUGGUUCCAAGCUUUCCUCGAGUGGAGGAGAACAUUCGCGUGGAUUCCUACAGAUACAGCCACAGAUGGAAACGGCAUUCAGAGUUCCUCAAGUCAGUUGACACAAACAGAGCCAGUGUGGGGCAGGACUCUUCAGAACCUGGGGGCUUCACAGAUCUGCUGCUUGAUGACACACACGACAACACUACCCAGAUUGAGGAGGAUAUGGAUCACAAUUAUUAUACUUCAAGGACAUAUGGCCCAUUUGAUUCUACCAGCCGAGAUCUGUGGGUGAACAUUGACAAAAUGGAGAAAGAUAAAGUGAAAAUUCAUGGGAUCCUCUCCAACACACACCGGCAAGCUGCAAGAGUGAAUCUAUCGUUCGAUUUUCCAUUUUAUGGCCAUUUCCUACGUGAAAUUACUGUGGCAACUGGGGGUUUUAUAUAUACAGGGGAAGUUGUGCAUCGAAUGCUAACAGCUACGCAAUACAUUGCACCUUUGAUGGCCAACUUUGACCCUAGUGUGUCAAGAAACUCGACUGUCAGAUACUUUGAUAAUGGUACUGCAUUGGUUGUCCAGUGGGAUCACGUACAUCUACAGGAUAAUUACAAUCUGGGCAGUUUCACAUUUCAAGCAACACUUCUCAACGAUGGACGUAUCAUAUUUGGCUAUAAAGAGAUUCCUGUCUCAGUGACACAGAUCAGUUCAACCAACCACCCUGUGAAGGUGGGCCUGUCAGAUGCCUUUGUGGUUGUCCACAGGAUCCAGCAAAUUCCCAAUGUCCGUAGAAGAACAAUAUAUGAGUACCACAGAGUGGAGCUUCAAAUGUCAAAGGUUACCAAUCUGUCAGCUGUUGAGAUGAUUCCUCUACCCACCUGCCUCCAGUUUAACAGCUGUGGGCCAUGUGUCAUGGCUCAGAUUGGCUUCAACUGCAGCUGGUGCAAUAAACUCCAAAGAUGUUCCAGUGGAUUUGAUCGUCAUCGGCAAGACUGGGUAGAUGGUGGAUGCCCUGAAGAGUCUAAAGAUAAGAUUUGUGAGAAGAAUGUAGACACGACGCAAAUGCCUCCUCAUACCACUACUGCUAUCCAGCAGACAACAAUGAGAUUCAGAGUUUUAACCACUACCAAAGGAGCCACGACAUCCCAUCUGCCAACUAGCCUACCCACAGAAGAUGAUACCAAGAUAGCGUUACACCUAAAAGAUAAUGGAGCCUCAACAGAUGACAGCGCAGCAGAGAGAAAAAGCGGGACUCUUCACGCAGGUUUAAUUGUUGGGAUUUUCAUACUGGUCCUGAUUGUUGCAGCGGCAAUACUUGUGACAGUUUAUAUGUACCACCAUCCGACGUCAGCAGCCAGUCUCUUCUUUAUUGAGCGUCGCCCCAGCAGAUGGCCUGCAAUGAAAUUUCGAAGAGGCUCUGGACACCCUGCCUAUGCCGAAGUGGAACCGGUUGGCGAAAAGGAAGGCUUCAUUGUGUCAGAGCAGUGCUAGGAUUUCUAAGGCAGAUCACCAGUACUGGCCUACAGGUGUGAGACAUUUACGCUGCCUCUGAUGAAAGAAAUGGAAAUCUAAGCUGCUGUAAACCCGAGAGAGACAGAAUGGAGUUCUGGAUAAACUUUCUCCAAGAAAAAGGGUAUUUCUCCUAGGAUACCCGAUUACCCUUUCAAAGAUAUUUUUUUGCCCCCCUCACAGCAAAUCACCAAACCAUGUUUCAGUAGCACCCCUCAGAAACACCUACAGUAGGAGAAUGAUGAACACAAUUGCCAUGCUCUCUAGGUAUCGGAGAUGUAGAGUGAUUCGGGAUAUAAAGCUUUAGUUCAGAACAGUGCUUCCCUUCUGGAUCCAGUGCAGUGACGGUGUUUUUAUUCCAGCUGUUACCGGUGGGUUAUCCUUUCAGCCCCAGAGGCAAUGCGUCUCAUUUGACAAGGCUGCUGGUGAGAUCAAUCUGAUGCAGAUAACAUAGCUCAGCAGUUUUCUACAGUUCAUGAGUAAUGCAAUUUUCAUUUCUAAAAAUAAAAUAAGAAAACUCCACCCAAGUGCAGAAACAUGAUAUACAUCUGAAAACAACAAGAAUCCUUCUUCUAUUCUGUAGGUUUAUAUCCCAUGAACUGUGAUUAUUAUUGUUUUGAUCACAACUAUAUUUCUAUAGUUGACAAAGCAUUAGAGAGUUGUCAGGGGGUUUUUCUAAAAAAAAAAA